UUGUAGCUGACUGACUGACUGACCUUCAUGAAUAAGAUAAUAACACUAAACAAAUUACCUCAGUGUGAUCGGUUGUGAGGAUCCGCUUGGUGUUCUACGGCCAUUUCUCCAACAUACAAAUUUGAUAUACGGCUUCUUGUCCCCAUGGAAAUGAGGAUCUCUCACGACACAAUGGGAGUACGUCGCACUUUCAUAAGUUCUGAUCGCGCUCUUUAACGUUUCAAGUGAUUGGAACGCUACCAGAUACAAUGUAUUCAACAACAUGUUACCCGUGCCCAUGGCAACGUGAGAAACGACAUAAAAGGUACUCUGGCGACAAGUACUUACAAUUUAUAUUAAUUUUAAGAAAUAGAUAACCAAUUAUUAAAGAUUUAAAACUAGUCAUUUAUUUGGAUGAAACGGAAUAAAAAAGUUUUGAAAAUGGGAUGGAAAAAUUAAUUAAAAUACAAAAAUCACCAUACGUUUAAUGAUAUUCCUGUUGUGGAAGCAAAAUAUAAUGUUGCUUUUCUCAUUUAAUUAUUUAAAGUUGAAGCAAUCAAGUAUGUACUUCGCAUCAAAACUAAUUUUUCUUGCUUAGCUGUCUAAAUUGAGUUAGGAAGGACGGCACUUCAACCUUGAUCUCACUGUUAAAAAUCAUUUACUUCAAUUAAUAAGCCUUACUGCGUUUGUCAUCAUAGCCUUCAUAAACAAGGUAUGAUCAGGUCAAUACUUCGUGCAUCUUAGUAUAAGGUUAUUCUGUAUUGUGUAGUAGUGCUCAGAUUUUAAUUCAAAGCUUGAGAUCUCAUAAAACGCACUUCAUGCUAGCCAUCUUUUCUCACCAGCACUAAACUGACUAACCCUAAGCUAUAUUUUGUAUAGCGGCUAGAGAUCCUCCUCAGUGGUGUUGUGGAUAUAAAGUAUAGCUCAGAAUGAGAGCCAGUGAUGAUCCUGCUGUAGUUUUAUCAAUCCGUGCUUUCAUAAACAAUAAAAUAUAUUUUCGAAAUGAACGAAAUCUAUCUUGGCUAUGUCCGUAAUUUGACGUUUUUUGACAUAUUUUAUAUUUAGUUCUAUGAUUUUCCACAUCAUAUUUCUUAACAAUAUUUCUGUUUCACGGAACGUGAUGGAUAUAUUGGUCUUGUUUUCUUAAAAACGUUGCUUCCGUUGAAAUAAAAUCCCGGUCAUUCGCCCAAACUAAGGUAAAUAGAGCAGCAUUCAAAUCUACUAAAUCACCAAAAGUUGGAUGUUUACACCAUUCGGUGACCGUAGAAUAGUUAAUGAUUGCUCUGACUACUGAAUUAUGUCCUCAAAUCCCACUGCCCAUACAUCGAUGUAGAUAAGAUAUUUUGUUUAAUCUUUGCGUCAUAUAGGUGGUGCAUAUCCUUAUAUUUGAAAAUGCAUUUCGUUAUCAUCUAGUAAUUCAGGAAAAAUACAAUGUUUGAUAAGUUAAGCUGUAGUAGUCGUCAUAUGUGGUCCUCUCUUGUCUUAAUGUCAUAGUACAUCUGAACCUUAAAAUUUCAUUCAUAACCUUUCAUCCACAAUUACAGAUUAUAUGCAGUCAAACCAACGGUCAACGUCAAUUAAUCAACCUAAUUUUCCUCGCAAAAGAAAUACACAUGUUCAAGGGUUGAAAUCUAGACUUAGAUCAAAUAUUAAUUCAAUUUUGUCUAAUUAUGAAAUGAUUUUAUCACGAUCCAAGAUUGACCCAAAUGAGGUUAUUAAAGGUCUUGGUCCAUAUGCUCAGUGUGCCCAAGACACAUUUGAAUUCAGCGUAAGAGCAGCAAAUAUAGUGCAUGCUUGUGAAAAUAUCACUCGUCUAGUAUCAGAAAUUAAACAGUUUCUAAUAUUAGGCGAUUUCCGUUGGUUAGCACGAGUAACUUCAUUAAAUCAAGAAAAACUGCUUCUUCGAAAAUUAGAUUUAGAUCGUGUCAACCAUCGUUUACGUGAUAAGCUUGUAGCGGAAUUACAUAACUUAGAACAAGAAACAAGUCCAGAUUAUCCUAUUAAUGCUUUUCAAAAAACUAUUCAACAAUGA